GCAGCCCAAAGCCCAGGGACCCUUUCCUCGGAGCCUGGUGGUAGCGGAACACAAGGGUCUGGACGCAAGAGCGGCCUUUGUGACCCUGGUAGUUUCGCCACUAGUGUCAAGAGAGAGAAGAGAGAGGGGGAGAGAAGGGAGAUAGAGAAGAGAAAGGGGGAGAGA